CGAGUGGGACUUAUGUACACAGUGCGGGGGUGAGGGGCCCGGGGCGUCUGCACCUGCAUGGGGAGGGGGGUGAGGCAGCCGGGCCCACUCCUGUGCAGCCCUGGCUGGAGAGUCACCGCCAGUUACCUAGCCACUGGCAUCCAGGGUGAAGGGGGACGAAUCAGACCCUGGCCCCUUAAGGGCCUCCAGGGAGCUAUAUAGGGUCCACCUGCAGGGGCUCUAGCAGCUUCCAGCAGCCGCAGCAGGAGACGGAAGAUGCAAGAGGUCAUUGCAGGGCUGGAACGGUUCACCUUCGCCUUCGAGAAGGAUGUCGAAAUGCAAAGGGGCACUGGGUUCCUGCCUUUCCAGGGCAUGGACAAGUCGGGCUCAGCUGUGUGCAACUUCUUCGCCAAAGGGCUCUGUGAGAAAGGGAAGCGCUGCCCAUUCCGGCACGAGCAGGCGGGGAAGACGGUGGUGUGCAAGCACUGGCUCCGGGGGCUGUGCAAGAAGGGCGACCACUGCAAGUUCCUGCACCAGUACGAUGUCACCAGGAUGCCCCAGUGCUACUUCUACUCCAGGUUCGGUGACUGCAACAACAAGGAGUGUCCCUUCCUCCAUGUGAAGCCAGCUUUCAAGUCCCGGGACUGUCCUUGGUAUGACCAAGGUUUCUGCAAGGAUGGUCCCCUGUGUAAAUACCGCCAUGUCCCCAGAAUAAUGUGUCUCAACUAUUUAGUUGGCUUCUGCCCUGAGGGACCCAAGUGUCAAUUUGCUCAUCCCAAGAUGAAUCUUCCGUUCAACUCGAGUUACACCAAGGUGAGUGCGCGUGGGCAGGUGCCGAUGGGCCUUGCCCUUUACUCGCCACUCCUCUCCGCUCCUAGGAGAGCUCACUCCCCAGCACUGCUCCCGUGGAUGGGGGGGAGACCCUCAUUCUCCUGAGAAGGCACCUGGCGUGGGGCACACGGCCACGGGGAUGUGGUGGUUCCUCCCAGACUCCCUCCCGCGUCCACAAUCCCUGCUCGGGUAGGACUGCUCAGCUGACCGGCCCUUAAGGCUGUCCUCCUGGGCACAGAGAUAUGCGUGGUGUUUGUGUUUCAACAAAACGGGGCCCAGCUCAGGACUUGCGGUCCAAAGCUGGUUUUCUGAGUCGGGGCCAGCCGGGCUUGAGAAAUGUGCCCGCUCCCUGUGGAAACACGUGCUCCGUCCCUACGGAGAGGUACCGUCCCUGUGGACAGCAGGCGCUGAUGACAGCCUACACCGGGAGUCAGCAGACCACAGCCUGCGGCCAAGUGUGGCCACUGCCUGUCUCUGUACAGCUGGCAAGAAUGGUUUUUAAUAUGUUGGGGAGAACAUUAUGUGACAUGUGAAAAUGGUAAUUCCAGUGUUCAUAGCUUUAUUUUUAUUUACGUGUUGCCAUGGCUAUUCUGGAGAUUACAAUGGCACAAC